CCCCCCUCUUUCUGUUUCAAUGAUGAGAAGAGAUCGCAUCUUUUUAGCUGUGACCCUCACGGCCGUCUUCUCCGCCGACCUCUACUUCAUCCUCUUGCCAAAGAUGCGGAGCAAGGGCCUGACAUCGGGACACUCCUGCUCAUGUGGCCCCAACCAACUCACCCUCCCCCCCAGCCAGGGGGGUCUGGCCACGCCGCAGCUCUCCAACUGGACUUCUGCACCACUCCUGGACGGCACCACGUCUGAGCCUGCGUACGGAGGCUCAAAACUGGUGAGGCUUUUCUCUCACCCUCUAUACAACAUCCAGACUCCGGCUCUGGGGCCAGAAGAGAGACUGCUGCAGGUGGAACAGCUGAUUGACUACUAUAGGAGGAAGGUGUCGCACUGGGAAAGACAUAUGAAGCUCUACAGUGUGGCAGCAGCUCUGGCUAACAUCACUGUGACUAAGCAUGAGGUGACCUACGACCCUGAUGCCAGCUGGCUGAAGUUCCACCUGGGAAUAAACCGCUAUGCUCUGUACUCCCGCGAUGACCCUACUGUCCUUCAGCUUGUCAAGGACAUGCAGAGCAUGACAGUUAUCAGUGCAGAUUACACUCAAGAUGAGAAAGCCCUAAAAGGAGCGUGUGAUUGCACCCAAGUGGUGAAGCCCAGCGGACAUCACCUGAAACUGGCCCUGAAAAUGCGCAACCUAGCUAAAGCCAUGUUUAAACCAAUGAGGCAGCAGAGGGACGAGGAGACUCCAGAAGACGUCUUCUAUUUCGUUGACCUUCAGAGACACAAUGCAGAGAUUGCUGCUUUUCAUCUGGACAGGAUCCUAGACUUCCGGAGAGUUCCUCCAGUGGUUGGCAGGUUGGUGAACAUCACUAGUGAAGUCCUAAAAGUAACCCAGAAUGAAGACCUGCGAGCUGUGUUCUUCACCUCCCCAGCAAACAACACGUGUUUCUUUGCCAAGUGCCUGUAUGUGUGCAAGACAGAAUAUGCAGCGUGCGGGAGCCCCGACCUGCUGGAGGGCUCCCUGUCCGCCUACCUGCCGGGCCUCAGCAUUGCUCCACGCAUCUCCAUCCCCAGCCCGUGGAUCCGUUCCUACACCUUCACCGGACGGGAGGAGUGGGAAGUGAAUCCUUUCUACUGCGACACAAUAAAGCAGCAGUACCCCUAUAACUCAGGAAACAGGCUCCUAAACAUCAUAGACAUGUCCAUCUUCGACUUUCUCAUAGGGAACAUGGACAGACACCACUAUGAGAUUUUUACCAAGUUUGGGGAUGAAGGCUUCCUUCUUCACUUGGACAAUGCCAGAGGGUUUGGGAAGCACGCUAAAGAUGAGAUGUCCAUCCUGUCUCCACUGUCCCAGUGCUGCAUGAUAAAGCAAUCCACCCUGCUGAGGCUGCAGCUCCUGGCCCAAUCAGAGUUCAGGCUCAGUGAUGUGAUGAGGGAGUCCCUGCAGGAAGACUCUUUAAGGCCCAUCCUGACAGAGCCCCACCUGUUGGCCCUGGACCGCAGGUUGCAGAAGGUCCUCCGAGUGGUCCACCGGUGCGUCCGGAGGCUGGGCAAAGACGAAGUGAUCACUGAGGACUUUGUUAAAUCCACAGUGACUCCCGAGGCUGCCACAGACGGGACAAUGCAAAGGUAACAGAGGAUGCGCUCGGCUUCUGGCUGCUCGGGAAGAGACUUGUAUAAAUAAGACUCGAGGAAAAAGCCGUGAGUCUUCAUCACAGAAAGAAGGAAUCUCUGACACCUUCACAUGUUUAAAUAAAGACCCUGUUUUGUUUUUUUUUGUUUUUUUAAAUGAAAUAAAAUGAAGCUUUGUGAGUGGAAACUUACAGCAUCUGAUACGUAGAGCCA